AUGGUGGAUGUGGUUGAUGGGAUUACUUCCUUUAUGGCUGCAUACUUGUUAUCACUUAAAGGGACCAAGGACAUGUCUCCAGAUCAACUUCAGAAAGCGCUUAGGAAGACGUUUUCAGCUGAAAAGAAGAAAAGUAAAAUCCAGAAGGCAUGGGAUGGAACUAAAGUCAUUUAUAAAGUUGCUUCAUUGGGCGCUACUGCUGUUGGGUAA